CUUAUUAGUUAAAAAUGUUUUAAUUAAUUAGUUAAUUUAUAAUUAUACUAACACAUUAUAAUGCUUUUUAUUUUAUUUUUAUUUUAAAUUUCAGUCAAAAUUUGAUCUAGAUAUGUCAAAAACAUACAUUACAAAGUAUGUGCAUGAGAUUAUGGGACAACGUUAUCGAACAUAUAGAUAUGAUCUUCACCAGCAUUUCAAGCAGUUUGAGACAGUGGAGGAGGCACGUUUGCACCCACCAGAUGAUGUCACACAAGAAGAUUGGGAUUACUUGUGCAAUCUUUUUUCUCUUGAAAAAUUUAAGAAAAGGGCUACUAUAAAUAGUGAAAAUCGUGAAAAGCUUCCAUUCAAUCAUCGUGGUGGAUCUAAACCAUUUGCAUUUCAUCGUCAGCAUAACUCAAUGAGUGUUGCCACUGGAGAGUUGCAAGGGGAAGUGGAGUUAUUUCGUGCCACUCACUACAAUGAAAGUAAGGGAUGGAUCAAUGACACAGCUAAAUCUCGAUAUGAAGAGAUGCGUAAGCUUCAAGAGCAGAGUACCCAAGAUGGAGAUACUCCUAUCUCUGACUUGGAGAUAACUCAAAGAGUACUAGGGAAGCGAUCAGGUUAUAUUCGAGGUUUGGGAUAUGGGUCACGACUUAAGCGUUCGACUACAACUGAAUUUCCUGAUGAAGAAACAGAGAGGUUACGACAACAAAUCACAAAGUUAGAGGAGUUUAAAACAACAGCUACCACUCAAUUAGAGGAGUUAAAGGCAAUGAUCCAGACUUUGAUGCCAUAACAAACCAACACUUCUAACCAACCACCACCUCAUUCUAGCUCAACUUCCCAACCACCACCGUCACCAUCGAGUUGAUAUUAUUAUGUGGUUUGCUAUUAUUUAUUGGUCACUUUUAUUUUAGACAAUAUUCGAAUGGUACUUGGACAAUGUUAUUUGCACGUAUG